UUAUGAGUGGCAACAGUGCAGCAGGUGGAGGCCGGGGCGGCCAUGUGUUACACACUGCUGGGGCGACGCGGGAGCUUCUCUCAUAUUUAAAUCUCUGCAGGAGGUCGUGGUGGUGGUCAGCCAGGUUGUGAAGAGACCAGGAAGACGCCAUGGAGUACGACAUGAUCCUGCCGGUCGUGGCAGGAGCCUCGGGAGUGUUCGCUGGCUGUGCUGUUCUCUAUAGCAAGAUAAGACAACGUUUUCCAGUCAGGGUAAAUUGCUGGUUCUGUAAUACAGACACUAAGGUUGAAUACAGACACCAAGAAAGUUGGAUAUGCCCCUCUUGUCAACAGUACAAUGGAUUUAAUGAGGAUGGAAGCUACAACCGGGAUAUUCCUGCACAGUACUGUGAAAAUUUGAAUACCCCGUUAAUACAACAAAAGAAGAAACUUGAUCAAACAGGCUUAGCUCUUGGUAAUGGGUUGUGUCACACUUGUAAUCUCAAUCAAACUCUCAAAAUUCGAGCAUUAGCGGAUUAUACACCAAUUCAUCCUGAUAACUACGAUAAAGAAAUUGAAGAUUAUAGGAAAAGAUUGGAGCGGACGUAUUCCCUUUGCCGGCAGUGUGAAGCAACAUUACAUCAGACUCUUGGCAAACAAGAUUCCUGGCUUAAACCAAAGCUUAUAUCUUGGAGACUACAUUUUACCUCUGAGAACAAAACUAAGUGUUUUAAUAAGAAUACUGGUGGAUACCAAAGAACUCUUUUUUACCGUCAUCUACUUCAUAUAAUGGGAGUCCUGAUCUCACUAGUACUCUUCCUAUGCAAUCUACAUCACUUACAACAUCACUCUGGUAUACAAUUGGUGUCUCUAAACUUCGGUGUAGACUUUGACAUGUAUCUCGCCACCCUGUACAAGUAUUCAUCACCUCUGAUAGUUGCAGGACUCUCCUUGCUUCUCAUUAGCAUUUUCAGUUCUGGAAAGGAAACUCUACUGGUCUCUGAUUCUGUUGCAAGUUUUGUCUGGGUUGGGUUGUUGGCACUCUGUUCUUCAAGACAACUCCUAUCAGCUAAAGAUUACAAUUCACUUCAGGUUCUUAUAUCUGGAGCUGCUGUACUCUUCACAGUGUGGACUUCUCUUGUGCAGCGCAAUUUCAGCAGGACUGGGAUAAAUAAGAAAACUGAAAUUAAUAAGAGUAUGACAAGUGAUAAUUCCAGUGAUAACCUUGAAGAGUCUCAGUGCACCCUGAAUGCCAGUCUCAGUGAUGACCUAGGAAAUUUGACUCCUCCAUUUUCUCAUCCAAAUAACGGUACCAUAAACCACAUGCAUUCAGGCCUGGACGAUCCCAUAAUGGCAGAUUGUUUAGACACAACUCUUAGCAGCUUGAAAAUAAGCACACCAUUAAAAAAUCAUUCUCAGAAUCGCACCAAUGCUCCUUUUUCUCCUAAACUAUUAUUUUCAGAAAAACCUGGUUGUAAUCCCAAGCUUAAUGAUACAUAUUGUAGUCAGAAGGAUGUAAACAGUCCUUCAAGAUUCUCAGCUAAGAAUAUAACACAGUCUUCAUGGGUUGCUGGGGGAUACUGGGGUCAUCCCACAAGCCCAUCUCGAGAAUAUUCACAGCAGGUGAUGCCUGCUUUAGGAUCGAUGUGUCCAGGUCAGUCACCUAUGUUUCCCCUCUCUCGUUCAUCCAGCCAGAGCUCAGGAUUUGUUUCUCAGAAUAGUGGGCUCCCACCAUAUAAAAUCCAAGGACCUUUCAGUUUACCUAAUUCCUGCCAUGGUUCACAUUAUGGGGAUUUAGACCGUGGAUCACUUCUCUCUGAACCAACCUACAAAAGCUGGGGUUAUGCACCUUCUCUUUAUCCUUCUGAUUCUGCAUCCCAAAUUAGUUGUAGUCAGAGUAGAGUACAAGCCAAGUCUCUUUACAGCUGUGCUUCACAUGUUUCUGAUGGUUCUUUACAAAGGAACCCUCCAUCUCCUCCUGCCAGUACCUCAUGUUUUUAUCAUACAACUCGUGGAAAUCUUAGUGAGAAUUCUAGCAAUACCAGCAGUAGUAGAAAUGUCAAAAUACAAACAGCAGACAUAACAGCUAUGGAGCUAAAAAAUAUUGCUAAACCAUAUACCUCUCUAAAUUAUCGUAAUCCAUGGAUUGCAUUUUUCCUUGGGAUGAGUAUUGCUGCUAAUGGGUUCCUAGUUGCUAUGCUUUACAUGCAUACAGAUAUAAAAAGUUUCUUUACUAGCUAAUUUGGUUUAAAUGCUAGAUUUAUUUUAGGUGUGCAACUAUAUUUGUUCACCUGCUCAUGGUUUAUCUGAAUGUGGCAGUUAUUUAGGGGAAUAUAUGCAGCUCUGUUAUUGAAGCACUAUUCAUAUAAUUUAUAAAAAAACUAGUGAUGCAUUGUAAAUAUAACACACCCAGGUCUGGUGGUAGAUAGGGUUAGCAGUGUAAUGGUCCCAAGAUCCAAUCUUCAGCAAGGGAGUAAAGCUGGUUUCUGAUUCAGCCUAAUUUGGUUUUGGUAGUAUAGCUACAUCUUCAAUGAAACCCGAUUGUCUGUCAGUUCCCAGGCACUUCCCUAUGAAUACAGUAUCAGUCUAAUAGUAAUCCACUGGCUUGUUUCAAAAGUCCAGCUGGUUCACAUGUCUACCAAAAUGGGGAAUUUAAAGCUUACCAUCUUCACUGUGUGAUGGUAACUUCAGAUUCCAUGAAUGAUUUGAUUUAUAAAUUCAUUCAAUCCCUUUCACUAUGAUGGACAUCACUGCCCUUGCUGGAGACCUAAUUCAUAACUAUUAUAAGCAUUUUGUUUUAAGAAUUAAUUCCCUGUUUAUGCAGUACAAAAGUAAAGCAAAACUACAGCCUUAGUAUGUAAAAUCAAUCUUGUGUGUUCUUGAAACUGUCAAGUGAAAUGCAAACAGAGCUUAGGAUUUUUAAUCACUAGCAUUUUUUGCAUCUAAAGCCAUUCCAGUGUUCUUACUGUCUUUAUGUAAUGUGUAGUUGUGAUAGUUCUUAAGUGUAGUUUGUGUAAUAAAUGGGACCAGUCAAUGCAGGGAAUUUAAUGUUAAACUGCCAUUCACUACUUGACCCAAGUAGUAAUUUCAAAAUUUGCCUUGUUGACAAUAGUUGACUCUAUUCUCAUUGUAUUUCACCAAAUGUGAAUCGCCAACCUUCUGAAAUUGCUCAUCCUCGGGAUUGUGUUUUCUGAGUAGAAAGUAUUUCAAAUGGUGUUGUGCUAAAGGUUGAAUGAAACAAAUAGCAUCAAGGUACUAAGGAUCUAUGAAUACACAAAUACCAUUGAAUAUUGAUAGGGCUAAUUAUUGUCAGUCCAGAGGUAAGCCUUGUGGCAGGCUGGCUGUUAGGAGGUGUCCUGAUCUAUACUUAGGGAAUAUUUAGGGGACAUCCUAUAUUGGAAAUUUAAAUUAAUGUACUUCUAAACUAAAUUUGUGAUGGAUAAUGUAAAUGUAUAUUAUUUGGGAACUGUAAUGCAAAAGGAUUAGAUAAGUCAUAUUGUAGUUAAAAAAAAAUCCAAAGGCUGACUUGUAAUCUGCAAUCUAUGAAAUACAUUCUAAAGUGUAAAAUUUCUGUAAACUCGGACUGGUCUUGCAUUACACAAAUGUUUAGAUUUUCCCUAAAAGAUUUACAUUAAGGCAUAGGAAAAUGCCAUAAUAGUGUAUGUAGGGGUAUCUAUAUUGGAAUUCAUGUUGAAAUUUCCCUUGAUCCAGUAGUAUAUUGUACUGUACAUAAAAUUUAAUUUUAAUUAAUUGUAUUAGGUUCUGAAGAAAAAACCAAAAUCUUAAUGCAUUUGUUCACUUACAAUGCUGGUAUUUAAAGCAAAAGAAUUGUGUAACUUAGUUAACUUAUGAUGCAGUAAAACAUUAAUACAUAAUUUUGUUGUAAAGAAUGAGUCUUUGUACUUUCUAAUAGGAAGGGCUAAAUUAAAAAUUUUAAUGAAUUUUCUAUUGUAUGCCUUUUUGUUGAGAUGAAGCAAAAUUGUAACGACUGUCAAUAUGGAAUUUUAUCAGCUGUAUAUGUAGUGAAUCCUUUCUUUCCUGGAAGUUUAGGAAGAGUUUUGUUGCAUUUAAAAAGCUUUUUCAGAACUUUGCUCAUUUUUUUUACCUUUUUUAACCUCGCAUAGAAUAAUUUUUUAUAAUACCUGUAUUUGUUACAAUUGUUGAAGACUUUCCACUUGAAGUUCUUGGUAUAUGUAUAGUAAUGUGAACUUUUUAACAUUUUGUAAUAACUGGUUGUCAGAAAUUUGAAAAUUAAGAUUUUUUUUUUUAACCAGUUUAGUGCAAAGCCAUUGCAGGACUAGUUGUUAAUGGAUAUGCAGCUUACAUUGCCACAAAAUUCAAACUUUAUGUGAAAAUGCAUUUUAUGGUUAUUUACUAAUGUAUUCAUUUUCUUAAAUGUUAGCUUUUAAUGAAACCUAUUAUUACAUAAUUAUAAGCACAGUUAUGAUGAAAAUGCAUAAUACAAAAUUGUUACGGUUACAGUACCAAGUAAUUUUGUUGGCACAUUAAUUUUUCAAUAAACAAAUAACAAAAUGCA